AUGUCCGAAGCCUUCCUCAAACCGGAGAAGGACUACAGCAAAGAGGCAGAUAAGAUCAUCCCCGAGGCGCAAGAGCUUGCCAAGAGCAAUGUCCAAGCCGCCAUCGACAAGCUGUCUUUGUUAGAGAAGCAAGCUCGCCAGGCUUCAGAUCUUGCUACCACCUCGCGUGUUCUAGUUACCAUCGUCACUAUCAGCAAAGACUCCGGCGACUGGAGCCUAUUGAAUGACCAGGUCCUGUUGCUGUCCAAGAAGCAUGGCCAACUCAAGCAGGCCACGACCAAGAUGGUCCAGGUCGUCAUGGGAUUUCUAGAUGAGACCCCUAGCGUGGAAACGAAACUUUCAGUCAUCGAGACCCUGCGAACAGUCACAGAGGGCAAGAUCUUCGUGGAAGUUGAACGAGCCCGCAUCACCCGUGCUCUGUCCAAUAUUAAAAAGUCUCAAGGCGAUUUGAAUUCUGCAGCCGAUAUCCUUUGCGAACUCCAGGUCGAAACAUUUGGUUCGAUGGCACGAAGAGAAAAGACCGAGUUCAUUUUAGAACAGGUUGCUUUGUGUAUUGAGCGAGGUGACUGGACACAAGCCGCCAUUCUCAGCCGGAAAAUCAGCAAACGUUACUUUGCACGCAAGCCUAAGAAGACACCAGAACAGCUGGAGAAGGAGCAGAAGGAGUAUGAGGAACGGUUAAAGACCCGUGCUUCGGACGAGCCUAUGCCGGAGAAGGAUGAGGACGUGACCGAUCUCAAGCUCCGAUAUUAUGAACAGCAGAUCACCCUGGCUAAGCAUGACCAUAACUAUCUCGACACCUGCAAGCACUAUCGCGAUGUUCUCGAUACCGAGUCCGUCGAGGAGAACCCGGAGCAGCUUCGCGCCGUCCUCGCACGAAUUGUCUACUACGUGGUACUCGCACCUUAUGACAACGAACAGUCCGACUUGUUGCACCGUAUCCAGCAAGACUCACGUUUGACACAAGUACCCGUGGAAUCUCGUCUUCUCAAACUCUUCACGGUACAUGAGCUGAUGCGCUGGCCCGAAAUUGCAGAAACUUUUGGACCUCACUUGACAGGGACUGAUGUUUUUAGCGCUGAGAAGAAUUCGACCGAACCGGAUGCAUUCCUCAGAUGGCAAGACUUGCGCAAGCGUGUGAUUGAGCACAAUGUGCGUGUUAUUGCCAAGUACUACACGCGCAUCCAAAUGGGCCGGUUGACGCAGCUGCUCGACUUGAAUGAGGAAGAGACGGAGAAGUACAUUAGCGAUCUAGUGACUUCGAAGACCAUCUAUGCCAAGAUUGACCGUCCUGCGCGUCAGGUCAAUUUUGCCAAACCUCGUGAUGCCGACGACGUAUUGAAUGAAUGGAGCAGUGACAUGAGGAGUCUCUUGGGGCUGCUGGAGAGAAUCGAUCAUCUGAUCACCAAGGAAGAGAUGAUGGCCCGAAUCCAGCCGACCAAGGGCGACAAGGUCAGGGCCUGA